GUUCUGCGGGGAGUGCCUGCAGCCCUGCCUCCAGGUGCCAUCCCCGCUCUGCCCGCUCUGCCGCAUGCCCUUCGACCCUAAGAAGGUGGAGAAGGCCUCCAGCGUGGAGAAGCAGCUCUCAUCCUACAAGGCUCCCUGCAGAGGCUGCAGCAAAAAGGUGACCCUAGCAAAAAUGCGGUCUCACGUCUCGUCUUGCGCAAAGGUGCAGGAGCAGAUGGCCAACUGCCCCAAGUUUGUCCCAGUUGUCCCCACGUCCCAACCUAUCCCCAGCAAUAUUCCCAAUCGCUCAACGUUUGUGUGCCCGUACUGUGGGGCCCGGAACCUGGACCAGCAGGAACUGGUAAAGCACUGCAUGGAAAACCACCGCAAUGACCCCAACAAAGUGGUGUGCCCAGUCUGCUCAGCCAUGCCCUGGGGGGACCCCAGCUACAAGAGUGCAAACUUCCUGCAGCACCUCCUGCACCGGCACAAGUUCUCCUAUGACACCUUCGUGGACUAUAACAUCGACGAGGAGGCAGCGCUGCAGGCCGCCCUGGCUCUGUCGCUCUCCGAGAACUGAGGGCUGUCAUGGAACUUCGCUUCGGACCCCCCCCCCCCCCCUCACGUCCCUUUUGCACACUCGACCUUCCUGCUGGGGAGGCACGGAACUCAUGGCCCCCUGAGAAUCACCGCCUCUCUUCCCUCAUCUCUCCGGGCCGAUCCCAGCGCCACGAAGAAGGUGGAGAUGCCUCAGCAUCACUCGGGACUGGUGAGUGAGCAGAGACGUCCGCUGCUGGGAGGAGAGAGGACAAGGGGACCGUUCCUCAGUCAGGCAUUUCAUAUCCGUAUACGGAGUAUAUACCUGUAUCCAGAUCUAUUUAUUAUUAGAUGCUUUUUGGCACCAUUUGUCUUCAUGCUCUUUGUUGCAGUUCGAUAGGUACGUGAAACGAUGUCGCAUUUUACGCAGAAAUGCCCUAGUUUUUAAGCUGCAGUCGUCCACCUCCUUUUUUUUUUUAAUUUUAUUAUUUCUUUGGAAAAGGAAGAAAACGACACGCGGAGUGUUUGGUUUUUUUGGGUUUGGUUUUUUUUUUUUUUUUUUCAACCCGACGAGGUUAUUUCUGGAGACGUCGGUCUGUCCCGUGCCCCGCGCUGCAGGCGGGAGCUGCCUCCUCUUCCUGCUGCCGCCCAGCACAGCCCUAAAGCAGCAGGCUGAAUCCCAGAGCAAGACUGCAGGCCUGGGGUGCCCGUAGGGCAGCGGGUUCAGAGCCGUGGACUGUCCUGGCACCCAGUGCAACUCCCACCUCCCUCCUUUUGUACCAGCUCUUGUGAUACCGCGGUUCUUGCGUUUUUCUACAUGAAUCGGCCUGACUCCUUUUCCACGUUUUAUAGAGCGGGGACAGAAGCUGUUAACUCUUCACGCUGCAAUAUCCGUCACCGGGGACGAGAGUAUUUUUAUGGAACAUUAUGGAGAAAGUAUAUUUUUUAACAAAAAAAAAAAAAAACAAAAAACGAAAAAACCCCCCGAAAACCCGACCAUGCUGUGGAUUUGAAAUCGGGUGGGAGGGAGGAGCUGGACCCUGGGUCUGCAGCUGGGACUCUGCUGAGCCACGUGAGCAUCUACGCUUCCUCUUCUCUUCUCUCUGGGCUGUCCCCUUCUGCUGGCAGCUUUUCUCUGCAGGCAGGGGCGAGGCCGUGUCAGCACGGCGCUGUGUUGGUCAAAGCACAGCCAGCCCCACAGCUCUGCUUCAGGAAGAGGACCUUUGGGAGGACAAGCAGCCCCUUUGUUUUCUCUGAGAGCCCUGUGGCUCUGAUCCCUGGGCUCCCUGGGUGCAGCUUCUCAUAGCUUCUCCGAGCUGUAGUGCUGACGAGUGGGCUUCCUUCCUCUGCCCGCGGUUUGCUCUCUCAGAUGCUUGUAAUUAAACAGCAAGCAGUGUUUGAGUGCUGAGCCGGGAGCAAAGGGUCCAACCCAGCGGGCUGGGCUUGCAAAAGCUCUGCUGGAAAUCGCCCAAGUUUGGAUUUUCCUCCAAACCCACAGCGCUGCUGUAACCCUUUGGCCUGGCAGGGAAGGAUUUCACUGGGAGGUUUUGUGCUCCUGCGGCGGCAGCGUUAACCCGUGUGGGCAGAGCUGGCUGCGUGGCGUUGCUGGAUGUCACCCUGAGGGGUGGGUUAACCCAGGCGGAUGCACGGUGAGGAAGCAGACGGGUUUGGUGCCGCCAGCUGGUGCUCAGUGCAAAGCAGCUGGCCUGUGUCCAGCUGCCAGCUGUGUGGGGACGUCUGCCCGUGGUGGCUGUGCAGAAUGCCAGCCCUGAGGCAGAGCAUCUUGUCCCCUGAGCCAGGAGACUGCAGGAUGCCUCUCUCCCAGGGGGGCAGUUGCUGCUCUGAGUGAAGCUCCGUAGCCUCCCUGUACUGAACAGGCAGAAAUCAGCUGCAGGGCGCGUGCUGUGUCCCCUUGCCACGAGGUGCUCAGGCAGAAGGGUCAGCUCUUCAUGCCCUUCCCUUUUGCCCUGCAGCCCAGCAGCUCCCUGUGCCCCACCGUCCCCUUCCUCCCUGCCCUGUGCUGUCUGCUCUGCUCAGCUGAGCGUGGAUGGAAGGGAGCUCUCUGCUCGGCUUCAGGCUGACACCCACCAGCCCGAGCACGGCCACGGCCCUGUGCAGCAGAGGUCCCUUUCCAUCUAAUGAGUUGCCAGCAGCUGGAGGAGAGGAACUGCGUGCUGAUCCCUUCCACCCUUUGGGGUCACACCAACAAGGGGGCAGGCCCAAGUGAACCACAUGGAGGCCGUGAGGUGACACCUGCAGACUUUUAGCUCAGCGCUAACCCUGCACCCAGCUGUGCCUCUUCCUAGCAGGGCUGUGAGAUGGCUUUGGGAAGAGUGCUCCAGAGAGCAGCAGCCCCCGCUGUGUGCUGGAGGGUGUCCCAAGGAGUCUGUCCCUGUUGGACCCCAAGCUUUGCCCCUGAGGGGUACCGGCCAUGCUUUGUGCUGUGGGAAGCAGGCACAAUCCUGUCUGGGGCUGGACCAAAGGCAUCCCAAAGGACAGCGUGCUGCUGGGACAUGCCACUGCACUGCCCUGGGGCUGCAGGGACCCUUGUACCUAUCGCAGUGGGGAUGGGCUGCUGUCUGCAUCCCCGCUCAGAGAAGCAUCCUUUUGUGGUUUGCCUGAGUCCUGGCUCCCUCCAGCUCUGCUCUAGCAAUACUGUCUUUUUACUGUAAGUAGUACCAAGUGUUCCCGGGGCCAGGGUCUCCCCUGUGCUGCUGGCAGCCCCCUGGCAGGGGAAAAGGGCCGGGGCUGCUCUGCUCCCUCUCUGCAGCCGGGGUUAGCAGGAAGCAGUGGUGUCUUCCCUACCCAGCACUGCACCCUUGCCAUGUGUACAGCCCAUGGGUUUUCCCUGCUCCCAGUGGGAUGGAGCAGGGACAUCAGAAAGGGACCUGGUUGGGUUUCCCUGUCCCCUCCUCACCUGGGACUCCCAGGUUCCUGCUUAGAGGGCUCUGCCCCACGCCGCCCUCCAUUGGAGCUCUUGCUGCCUGCAUCGGGCAAUCUGGGACAGUGCUGUUAAUGCCUCUGUCUCCUUCCUCCUCCUCCUCCUCCUCCUCCUUUUUGCCCCGGCAGUGUUGGAGCAGGGGCAGCAGUGGCUGCUUUUGUAAAGCACAUUAAGGCAGCGCGGGCAGCUCCUGGCUCUUGCCCCCUUGCUAUGGGGCUGGGACUCCCACUGUGCUGCCAGCCGUGCUCGUCAAUGUUACCCUGACUUUUUGCAUAACGACUAGAACUUUUAACAAGACAUACUGUUUUUUGAAGAAGGAGAAAAAUAAUAAUAAUAAUAAUAAUAAUAAAAAUCAAUGACGUAUUUGUAGCAAACCAUUUUUCUCAAUAAAGGCAGUUUCAUCCA